AUGACUCACCACCUCGCUCACCCCCUCCACCCCUAUGACCCUCAGUUCCUCUACCCCCCUCAGCCUUACCCUGUCCAGCCCCCUCAGUCCCUCUACCCCCCUCAGCCUUACCCUAUCCAGCCCCCUCAGUCCUACUCUACCCCCAGUAAACACCACAUUGUGAUCCAGCAGGAGGCACCACCGACAGGGUUCCCCAUGCAAUGGGCUGCUGGGGUCGCCACGGCUGGGCUCCCUUUCAGGGCCCCAGUGGGCCUUCAAACCUCCUGGACCAGCCCUGCCAUGCCGGAUACCCAGGGAUGGAGAAUGGUACAGGGUGUGGCGGGGGAGGAUCUGGGGAGGGUGGCCAGUGCAGCGACUAGUCCUGAAGGAGGGAGCAGUGUGGGACACAGACAGAAGAGAGAGAAGAGCAGCGAUCUGGCACAUGAGCUCGACAUCAAACCAGUGCGUCUGUCGAGUGGACAUGGAGAGAGCAGUGAGAGCAGCAGCACCUCCAGUCAGGCCAGUAAAGACAGCGUCAGUAGCAGGGAGAGGAGGAAGAGGAAGGAGAAGAAUGGAAGAAGAGCAGGACAGAGCGCAAAAGACAGGUCCUCUGCAGGAUCCGGGGAGGUGGUUAUUCCUGAGGCUUCAGUAUCUUCUGCCUCUGUGGUCCAAAGCUCAGAGAAUGAUGGGACAUCGGUGGUAGGGAGCAACAGGAGCAGGAUGAGUAGGGGACUGGCUAACCUAUUCAGUGCAGAGGAGUCAGGAAGUCAUAGAGACGAAUCAGGGAGUGAUAGGGAGUGGUCGGUGAGUCAAAAGGAGGAAUCAAGUCAAAUUCAAGAAUCAGGGAGUCAUAGGGCAAAGGCAGUGAGUCACAUGGAGGAAUCAGUGAGUCAUAGAGUAGAGGCAGUGAGUCAAAUGGAAGAGUCAAGAAUUCAAAUGCAGGCGUCAAUGAUUAAAAAGGAGUCAGUGAGUCAUAGGGAGGAAGUAGCCAGUGAGAAAGAAGUAGGAGAUAAUGACAUGGAGGCCACAGAGGGAGAAGAGGAGAGUCUGGUUGGACUCAGUGUGGAGGAGGGAGCAACAGGAGAAGAGGAGGAGGAAAUUAAACAUGACAGAGAGGAGGGGAGGGAAACAGAGGAAGAAGAGGGAAUGGGAGAACAUGAAGGCGAAAAAGAGCAAGGAGAAGAUCAGGAUGAAGGCAAUGAGGCAAGCCAGAGAGACAGAGAAGAAGGAGAGGAGGAGGAAGAGGAAGAAGUCCAACCAGAGAGUGAGAGCGUUUCUAUAAGGGAGAACACUGCAGGGGACGAGGAAGACAGGGAGAGGGGAGAGGAGGAACCAGAGGAGGCACAGGACUCAGAAGGGCGGGUAGAGCGCGAGGAGGUGGAACGGAGUGAUAGAGGCAUGGAGGAAGAGAGCGAGAACGAAAGAGAGGAAUCACACACUUCUCAGAAUGGAGAGAUAGAAGAGGAGGAUGUGGGAGUUGGGGAUGAAAUAGAUGAUAAUGAGGAGGGGUCAGAAGGUGAAGAAGAUGGUGGCGAGGAAGAGAAAGCGGAGCAGCGUUAUCAGGAUGCUGAGGAAGACUCAGCAGCAGGGCAACCUGAAGAUGAAGAGGAGAGAGACUCUGACGACAGCAUCAUCUCACCACCAGGACACAGGUCAUCCAAAGGGCUGGCAGAGGUAGCGGAAGAGGAGGAGGAAGAAGUGAUCGGUGAUAAUGAUGAUUGUGAAGAUGAUGAAGAUGACAAAGUGAAAGGGUAUUCAUGGUCUGUAGAUCCCUUUCCAGAUGAGGAUGAUGAUAUUGAAAGUCUUCUCGCUCCACAAGCAAAGUCUCAGGAAAAACAGUGA